ACAAAUUGGCAAAGAAAGAAAGGAGCAUCAAGAACAACUGUAGCAUAGGAUUAAUCAGCAGUUCGCUCAAUUUUUGCUGGUUUUGGCUUGUGAUCAUGAGAGAUAUAAAGGAGGAGGAAAAAGAAAGUGGCCGGAAGACGCUGAAGCUGCCACCUGGGUUUCGGUUCUCGCCGACCGACGAAGAGCUCGUCGUUCACUUCCUGCAUCCCAAGAAGCAGCAGGCCUCUGUGUCACCACAACUCUAUGCUCACUUAGUCCCUGAUCUUAAGUCUCACCACCAUGAUCCUUGGGACCUCCAUGGUAAGGCACUGUGGAAUGGAACCCAAUACUUCUAUUUCAGCAGAAUGAUGAACAAUCGAAUUACGGAAAAUGGGUACUGGAAAGAUUUGGACAUGGAGGACCCAGUGUUUAGCGAAGCCGGAGAGAUUAUAGGAAUCAAGAAAUAUCUAACUUUCCACAUUGGAGAGGCUCCAGCAGGUCAAGAAACAAAUUGGGUGAUGCAGGAGUAUCAUCUCCCGUCCUUCCAUCACUUGACCAAUCCAAGAAAAGAACAUGGUUCGCUUGUUCUGUCUCGAGUUCAGGAAAGCAAGACAAGCCAUGGACAAGGCUUUUGCUCGGGAGGAGAUGAGGAUAGUGACACCGAACUCUCGUACAUGGACGAGAUGUUUUUGUUAUUAGACGACGAUCUUGAUGAUAUAAGUUCGGGAGAUUAAGUAUACGUGUCAGUACCGUGCACUUGAGCGUAUUUAUACGCAUGACAUGUACAUAAAGUGUACGAGGCAUCUAUAGUAAUUGUGCGGACCGUCGUCGAUGUGCCAGCACUGGUUGUACAUUGAUGUGAUGUAUUAUAUGAUCUUCUUAUCUAAAUUUCU